AUGAAUAAUCAUAACACUCAACAACUUCUUACGUAUCUUCUUCAAUAUGGAAUAUCUAAUACAAUGAUAGCAAUUAUCGCAAAACAACAUAUCAGUAAUGAAGAUUUACAGAUAAUGGAUCGUGAUGAUGUUGAACAUUUAUUUAAAAAUGAAUAUGGAUUUACAUUUCGUGAUCGUAAACAGUUUUGGAAUAUAUUGCAGAAAAUUCAAUCGAAUUCGAAGUCUAAUAUAAAAACUGAACAAAUUGAUAAUUCGCCGGAAAUUCUUGAACAUAUUUAUGAGUUUGCUGAAGAAGAAUCAUCUGAGAAUAAUGAUUCAAUACAACAGCAAUCUAUUAUUUCUUCAUCAUCAAAUACAAAUCAACAAUUAAUUAUUAAUCAUCUUUUUGAGAAUAAAACAUCUGAUGAUGAUAAUAAUUCAAAUACUUCAUCAUAUAUCUCAGAAUUAUCAUUAUCAUAUGAUUAUGUAUUUACAUAUCCAUGUAUAUUACCGAGUUUUUCUUCAAAUAUAAUUCAAGCACUUAAAACAAAUACAAUUCAUAAACAAUGGGCAGCUUUUAUCAAUGAACUUGCACGUUGGGUUAUGUCAAUUAAACCAUGUCUUCGUGAACAACAUGAGUAUCGUGCAAUAGGACAAAGCCUAUUCGAGAAAUAUCCUAAUAUAGGUACAGCAGGUCCUAAACCAUGGUCAUUUUUAUGUCGAAGUCUUAGUCAACGAAUUCGAACAGAAAGAUGGCAUAGACGAAAAAUAUUAACAACUAAAAAACGAAAAGAAAAUGAAAUGAAAAACAUUGAUCAAAAUUAUGAUAAUACAGGACGAGAAAUUGUUCUUUGA